AUGGCGACUCUGACCCCCUGCCUCUUACAGAUCUUUGCUGUGCUCCAAUUGGCUGCCUGCUCGUUUCCAGAGGAACCUGGGCCUUUAAUCUCCGCCCCCGCUGAGGUGGUGAGACGGUAUCCAGUGUUUUUGGGCCGAGCGCAUCGCUCUUACACCCGUCAGGAGCCGCUGUACAUUCAGACCGUCCUCAGAGUCAACCGUACACUUUACAUCGGAGCCAGAGAUGACCUUUAUCGAGUGGAAUUGGACCAUGUAUCUGGAGAUGAAAUGUUCUACAGCAAGAAAAGAACAUGGGAAUCCAACAAGAAUGACAUCCGCAUCUGUAGAAUGAAGGGCAAACACGAGGAGGAGUGCCGUAAUUAUAUUAAGGUGUUGCUGAGCCAUGAUGGAGGGCUGUUUGUGUGCGGGACAAACGCUUUCAACCCACUGUGCGCCAAUUACACGAGAGACACUCUGGAAUUGGUUGGCGAGCCCAUCAGUGGAAUGGCCCGAUGUCCUUAUGAUCCUAAACACGCAAACGUCGCUCUGUUCGCAGAGGGGAGCUUGUUCACGGGUACAGUGACAGACUUCUUGGCUAUUGAUGCUGUGAUCUACCGCAGCCUGGGAGAGAGUCCUGCCCUGCGCACCAUCAAACACGACUCCAAGUGGUUCCGAGAGCCUUAUUUUGUGAGCGCCGUUGAAUGGGGACCGCAUAUCUACUUUUUCUUCAGAGAAAUGGCCAUGGAGUUCAACUACCUGGAGAAGGUGAUGGUGUCUCGCGUGGCGCGUGUGUGUAAAGGUGAUCUGGGCGGCUCUCAGCGAGUGUUAGAGCGGCAGUGGACGUCAUUUCUGAAGGCCCGUCUGAACUGCUCCAUCCCUGGAGACUCACACUUCUACUUCAACCUGCUGCAGUCCACCAGCCCCAUCAUACGCAUGCAGGGCAGAGACGUCAUCCUGGGGGUCUUCUCUACACCCUCCAAUAGCAUCCCUGGCUCUGCGGUGUGUGCGUUUGACAUGCAGCAGCUGGCACGUGUGUUUGAGGGCAGAUUCAAAGAGCAGAAAUCACCAGAAUCCAUAUGGACACCAGUACCUGAUGAACUGGUGCCACGACCAAGGCCUGGAGGAUGUGCUGUCCAGGGCUCCAGAUUCAGCACCUCCAACACCCUCCCUGAUGAAGUGCUUAAUUUCAUCAAAAUCCAUCCUCUGAUGGACGAAGCGGUUCCUUUGUUGGGACACAGACCCUGGAUAGUCAAGACCAUGGUCCGGUACCAGUUGAACACUAUGGUGGUGGACACUGAGGCAGGCCCUCAUCGCAAUCGCACUGUAGUUUUCCUCGGCUCUACCAGAGGAACCGUUCUUAAGUUCCUCAUCACACCCAGCCCGGAGAACCCAUACGCCAAUACCAAUACAUUCCUGGAAGAGCUGGAGGGAUACAACCCUGAAAGAUGUGGUGAUGACUCUGUGCAGGCGAUGCAGCCACUCUCUCUGACCCUGGACAAACCCAGUCACACUCUCCUGCUGGCCUUCCACUCGUGUGUGGUGCGAGUGCCUGUCGCCCGCUGCCACCUGCACUCCAGAUGCAUGAAAAACUGCAUUGCGUCCAGAGAUCCAUACUGCGGCUGGACCAGAGGAAGCACCUGCACACUCCUGAGACCCGGCACCAGAUUACCGUUCGUGCAGGACGUCGAAUAUGGAAACACCUCACAUCUCGGAGACUGCGACGGUUUGUUACGUGAGAGUUUCAUGGAUGAGCCUGAAAGCCUUGUCACUUUAAACCUGCUGGUUGUUGCGGCAGUCUCUGCAUUCUCCACCGGGGCAGCACUCUCAGGUCUAGCAGUGUGCUGGAUCAUGGGUCAAAAACACCGUCAUCGUUCUCACAGCAACACUCCGUCGUCCAGUAUUCAGCGGAAGAGUGAGAAGGAACGUUGCAUGAUGGGACAAAGCAGAAGCGGCUCUGUAAUGAGUGUAUCCCGACACAGUGGCACAGACCGGCCACGAUCCCAGGGUGAGACGCUUUUCGUCAUGCCCAAUGGGUGGGUGAAAGCUGGCGAUUUAGACCCAGGUCUACUUCCCACACCAGAGCAAACUCCUCUGCAGCAGAAACGUGGGCUACGCCUGUCCGAUUCUGGAUCCAGCUGGGACCAAAGUCAGACCUUCCUGAGCUCAGUGGGAACCCAGUGUCCACCCCCACCAUCCACCCUAUAUCUCAGCUCUAAACUCCUCCAAGGAAGUCGACGCCAUGAGGAAGCCAUCGAGACUGGUAUUGAUCGCCAACGGUAUGUCUCCCUUUCCAAGUACCGGGAUCAGGGAGUACGCCCGGGCACUCUUCUUCGCAAGUCAGCCGGUGAAUAUAACUACCCCAUGACUCCACAAGACUCCCCUGACCGACGGAGAGUGGUUUCAGCCCCCAGCACCCAGAUAGAGUACAGCGGAGAGCCUCUUCGCUGGACCCACGAGGGAUACAUCUUCAGCAGUCACGGCAUACCUCCAACAGGGCACCACUACACCCCUGGCUCUCAGCAUCCUGCAGGACUGACCCGCUCCGUGCUCCACGGGUCUCGGGGACUCAUCGAGCUGGCGGACUUCAGCCACUUACUUGGGAAGAGUGGAAGCGAUCGGACACCAACAGGCCAGUGAACAAAGGGGUAAAAGGAAGUAAAGAGCAUUUAAUUGUGGAAACGUGAGUGGAUGAAACCUCAUGUGGACUGCAGAGCGCAACCUGGCCCACCACAGAAAGUCUCUCUCUGUCUUUCUUUCCUUUCUUACUCGCUUGUCAUCCUUUCCUUAUUUGUCUGAAACUUCUUGCAGGAGGAGAAGCCAACGUGAACCUCACUGAGUACGAGAAGAGCAGUCAAUGCAACUGGAAACAAUUGCUUUACACUUUAUCACACCUUAUCAGAUGGAGAAAAGAAGCGGAAGACUUUUGAGGACUAUCUAUCCUUGAAUCUGUUCACACCUAGACUCUCUAAGUUUGAUAGAAAUGCAGCAUUUUAUUCAGGAAUUGGAACAGUGGUUCUCUACAAAUAUGAGCAAAAACCAAACCAUUCCUUGGAGUAAUGACUCAGUAGCAAACAGUGGUCAGUCUGGUCAUAAAAACUCAGUUCUUUGAUUAUUGGCAUACGGAUAGAUUUGCAUCACUGGAUAGAUCAUCUUGUCACAAGAAGAGGAUCUGGAACAGAAUCUAGAGGUCAGUCAGAUAUGAUUCUGAUCAAUACCAAACUCAAAGCUCAAAGUGUUCAGAUUACUGGCCUAAAGGACACUCAAUUUCCAUCAGUCUAAAUCCAGUAGAAGGUAGAUUUGGACAGAUCAAGUGGUCAGAAAGAAAGAUUUGGAGUGUAACUGUAUUCUAGAACUUUCAUUGGAAUUGCUUCACUCCCUUUUAUGCCACAAAAACUUUUUGUAGCCCAAAACGUUUUCUAAAUAACAUGCAUAGUAGUGUUGUAGUACUUGCAUCCAAAAAAAGACCAGACUUUCUCAAAUCUGAGUGCAAGACCAUAUUUUCUAUGGUUCAGGUCCAAACACUCUUGAAAAUAUGGUCUUGGAUUUGAGUAUUACAACACUUUCAGCAUAUUAAAUGGGAAAUUAAAAAGAAGAAGAUUAUAGAGAGUGCCCAAACAUCUCUACACUUGGGCAGGGCCCCACAGUUCACUUCGCAAGAUUUGCGGUACACUAGUUGUUCUGAUGCAUUGCUUUGACCAAAACAUAUGGAUUUAAAACACAGAAUCUUUUCUGUUUGUGAUUUUUAUCUCUGUUGAGUGAGCUGAGGCCUUUACCUCAGUAUUACCUCAGCCUUGAUUUCAGACUUACAGAGAGAAAGAAAGAGAAACAGAGAGAGAAAAGAUUUUGGUCGGAUGGAUUUCAUGGCCUCAACCACAUGAGUUUAUGUGUUCUGUGUAGCUCCGUGAGUUUAAUCAGAGAAACAGAGCUCUCUGAGAUCUUCUGAACAUGCUGGAUUCCAAGUCUUUUUUCGUCUUUUUUUUUUUUGGGGUUUCUUCCUUUUUGUACAGUGAAUUUUUUACACAAUAUGUAAUGCGUAACAUGGAAGACAGAACUGAGGUGACAACACCUACUGUUUUCUAGAAAGACAAUUUGAGACUCUGUCUUGAAGACUCUUGGACUCUGAGAUGGCAUUUCAGAUUUUGUGUGUCCUGGACUAUGAAGGAGGACAAACGAAAAGGGAAAGAGGAAAUCAUGAAGCGAAUACUGAAGGUACAAUGAAGUCAAGAGGUGUGAACGCCAGCUAUGUUAUUGAAUGUGUUUGUCUGUGAAGUACUCUUUUUGCUUGUCUCAUGCAUAUCAUAAGGUAUUUCCCCUACUUUUUGUAUUUAUUGUUUUGUUUUUUCAGUCGUAUAGUAGUCUUUUUGAAAAGUCUGCGUCAACAGUGGAUCGCGUUAUUCCAGUUAUAUUCUUUACCUGGAAAUGGUCAAAGUAAAAACCAAGAAAUUGUGUCUUCAUAUCAGAAUAGUAGCAUAAUCAACUGUACACCCAAACACUCUCUGGCUCCAUUCCAAACCCUAGAGCUGCCUAUCUGUUCAAGGCUGUUCAAAGCAGCAAGCAGAAAAAUGGUUCUUCCUUGCCAAAUCUCGACUGAGAGUUCGCAUUCAGCAGGCGAUUUUAUCCGAAGUGAAUUGCAUUGCACAUAAGGUAUUCAUUUUAUCAGUUCGUGUCUUCGCUGGGACUCAAACACAAGACAUCGGUGGAGCUACGGGAAGGCUUUACCUCAGUAUUACAUCAGCCCUCAAUUCAGACUUCACAUAAGUGAGAGGCAGAGUGGAAAACUUUCAUGACAGUUUCAUCCGAGAUGGCAUACUGAGUUUACAUUUAUUAUUUAAACUACACAAUAUCAUCCUGAUUUUGGCAGGAUCUGUUUGACAAAGGGUGUCGUGGUGAUGCGUAAAAUGACAACGGGACGUCAAGAUGCAAGAACCGAUUGUUUUAUCCAGUGUAGUGUGUCACAAUGGAUGACAGCAGGGACACUUCUCAACAUUCCAAAAAACUAGCAAGUUUUUUGGUGGGUUUUUUUUGUCACAUAUGAUGUUAAUCAACCAAAGCAUAGCAAAUCUUAAGUACACAACUUUAAAGAUGGUUUAAAUGAAAGACAGAUAUUUGUAUUGAUGUAGAUAGGUGGACUUAUGCAAUAGAGAAAAGAUUUGUGGAGCUAUGGCAACAAUAAAACAAAUACAGUGUGAUUGGAAUCAAACACAUGGCCUUGGGAUAGCCAGAAUACAUUUUCUGAAUACAUGAUAAACGUAACAGCAUGCAACAGUUUCUAAAGGUAUCAGAUCUAAAAUAUUUCCAUCAUAUUCCAGAUUAAAUAACGAAAGUGCUAAAUAUGUGUACUGUUUUAGCUUGUUAUCAAAUUAGGUGAUGUUAAUGAGGUUGCGGCGAAAAAGAUUUUCAAAACAGUCUCAAGUUAAGUUUAGUUCAGUUUAUGUCUUAAAGGAGCAGUUCACUCAGAAUGAAAAUGUGCCUUUAUUUUACUCUCAGGUCAACCAAGAUGUAGUUGACUUCAUUUCUUUAGUGAGCAUUAAAGAUGUUUAGAUCAAAUUGAGGUCCUUCGUGAUUCAUACAAUACAAGUCAAUAGCUAUGUUUGCAUCCAAAGAUGCUAAUUAAAUUUAUAAGCAGAGAGAACAAAAUCGUCACUUCCUGAUUAACUGGCGCCAAAUAUCCAAAGUAAAAACGUAAUUUGCUGCAGUAGGAGAAGCUGCGUGAAUCUUUUCUUUGUUUAAUAAAUGACUUGCACCUGGCGACACGGUGGUGAAGUUGGUAGUGCUGUCGCCUCAAGGCAAGAAGGUCGCUGGUUUGAGCCUCGGCUGAGUCAGUUGGCAUUUCUGUCCAAAGUCCAAAGACAUGCGAUACAGGUGAAUUGGGAAAGCUAAAUUGUCCGUAGUGUAUGUGUGUGAAUGAGUGUGUAUGGAUGAUGGAAGGGCAUCCGCUGCGUAAAAACAAAUGCUGGAUAAGUUGGCGGUUCAUUCCACUGUGGCGACCCCAGAUUAAUAAAGGGAUUAAGCCGAAAAGAAAAUGUAUGAAUGAAUGACUUGCACCUCAGAAGGCAAUGCAGACACGCAAUGAACGUGUGGUGGCAUUUGAAGGCGUGAGACACGGAGCACAGAUGCUCUUGACUAUUCUGGAGGUAAUUGAUAAUAUAAUAACACUAAUAGUAGCAGUUUCAAAACUUAUGCGCAUCUUGCUUUUCCAUCAACCGUUUUUUAUGCUUAUAUCCAAAAUGCGCAUUAAAAUUAGUGGAUGGAAAUGUAGCUAAUGGAUACUGGAACUUUGGGACUUUAAAGUGACCUUUAAUGUCUUGUUUCAACUCAGUGGUAUGGUUAAAUUCAACACAAUACAGUAUGAUUUGGUUUGGGUUACCCUGAUCAGAAUUGGGUUUCCACUGCAAAUAGUACCUUUACUGGUUUGAUGUAGUACAGUUUUUCUCAACUACAAUCCUGGAGAACCAGCAACACUGCAUGUUUUGGAAGUCUUCUUUGUCUGUCACAACCAUUACAGGUCUUUCAGUCUCUGCUAAUGAGCUGAUGAUCUGAAUCAAGUGUGUUUUGUUAGGGAGACAUGGAAAAUGUGCAGAGCUGGCGGGCCUCUAGGAACGUGGUUGAGAAACACUGGUGUAGUGUAUGGUAUGAAAAUUGUGAUUGAUGUUUUCAUUUUGUCAACAAAAUUGCCUUGAAACUAACAGAAACUUGACAGGUCUGCUGAACCAGUAACAAAGAUUAAUGCAGAUUAACUUUUUUAUCUAUUUGACUACAUUUUAGUAGCGGACCAGAGCAUGGACAUUCAUCGUUUUGAGUCACGCUACUAGGGUAGAACACCUGUCAAGGUUUUGUUUGUGUCAAGCUAUAAGCUAUACGAAUAAUUUUUACCCUCAUUUUCAUUGAUAAAAAUUAAGAUUGGAUUAAUUCAAUUAGAUUAGAUUCAUUCACACGCGAAGAAGAAAGCCAUAUUUGACUUUCACAUAUCAUGUCUUUUGCCCACUCAAAUUCAUUAAAUAAAUAAAUAAAGAGAGGAAAUGGCACCUUUCGCUCUUUCAGCGUGUUUAGAUGUGAUGUGAACAACCUCAAAACCAACAAUAGGAAACAUACAGCAGAUCCUGUUCUUGCUUGUUGGCAAGUGGAUGUUUGUCACAAGAAGGCAACAAGCUUUGUUUGAGUAGGGUUAAUUGCACCAACACUGCCAUUGUAUUAUUACAGUGUUGUGUUAUUUAAAAAUAGCACUUGCUGUGGUAGAUUUCGCUUGUCUUGUUCCAAUCACUGAUGAUAAUUCUCUGUAAACCAAUAGCAUUUAGUAAUGAGUCUAGCUCCAGUAUGGCUAGAUACAGUAUUGUUGUGCUAGAUAGCCUUAGGAAAGCAAAUGUAGAAAGUGGUACAGUUCAAUAUUUUGAUUAAUUUGAUUGGAAACAGAAAAAAAGAGAGUACUGUUUCAUACUGUACUGAACCUGACCAUACCGCUCAGUGGAAAUGGGACAAAAGUGAUGUAAGGCCUCAAUUUUUUUUAUUGUGAGCCAUGGGGAUUAAUUUGGUUCAGCCUGUAUAUGCUCUGUUUGACACCAAAGUGUUGACAGUCAUUGACUUGCAUUUUAUGUAUCACCAAAUUUUCAUUUUUGGCUUAAGUAACCCUUUAAAGCCUGUGAGAAAUCCAAAUUGACAAUGUUUAUUUUGCUCGUCCACAUUACUACUCUUUAGUCAAACAAUUAAUUAGGCUAAACAAUAAAAAAAAGUUUGUUUUGGUAGUCUUCAAUCAAAAUGUGACCAUUUCCUUUAACAUUUGGAAUGACAGACUGUUAAUGUCAGUUUGACAGCAUUGAUAUUCUUAAUAAUUCUUAAAAUAAGUUUGUUUACUGUGUGCUGUACUGUACUGAACCAAACCGUACUGCUCAAAAAGUGAUGUAAGAUCUCAAUUUGUUGUCAGUAGCCAUGAAUAUUAUUUGGUUUAGCCUGUAUAGGUUCUGUUGAAGUAAUGCUUUAAAGUCUGUGAGAAAUAAAUUUACAGUGAUUAUUUUGCUAGUCCGCAUUGUCACUCUUUAGUCGAACAAUUAAUUAGGCUUAACAAUUAGACAAGUUUGUUUUAGUAAUCUUCAAUCAAAAUUAGACAAUUUUUGCUUCCACAUUUGGAUUGACUGAUGGCAGCGCUUCUGAGUUUACGUCAAUUUGACGGCUUCAGCUGCAAUAUUCUUAACCAUGCCCUCUCUUACUGGUAGUUUGCUUUGAGGGAAUGAUGCUUAAAAAGAAAGCCUCGCCACUAUUUAUCAUUCCAUUUCACUUGGAAGCAACUUCCGGUUUACAGAGACUUCAAAGACAGCAGACAACAAGGUGGCUUUACUAGGGUUUGAUAAAGAGCUUUUCCCUUGCCCACUUGGUCAUGACCCACACACAAAUGUCUGACUCCAUAUAGGCAAGCUUUAACAUAAAACAUCUAAUAGAAUCAGUGUGUGUUCUGUUAAACACCAAAGUGUUGACAGUCAUUGACUUGCAUUUUAUGCAUCACCAAAUACCAUAGCCAAAUUUUCAUUUUUGGCUUAAGUAACCCUUUAAAGCCUGUGAGGAAUCCAAAUUUACAGUGUUUAUUUUGCUAGUCCACAUUGUUACUCUUUGGUUGGACAAUUAAUAAGGCUUAACAAGUUUGAAAAACUUUUGUUUUGGUAAUCUUCAAUUAAAAUCUGACCAUUUGCUGACCUUUGGAUUGACUGAUGGCAGUGCUUCAAUGUUGGCGUUAAUUUGACGGCUUCAGCCACACUAUUCUUAACCACGCCUCUCCUAUCUUUAGUUUGCUAUGAGAGAAUGAUGUGCAAAAAGUAGCCCCGCCCCCUCAUCAAUAUUCCAUUUCACGUGGAAGUACAUCAACAUACUGAAAUUAAAGACUUAGCAACUUCCGGUUCUCACUGAUUUCAAAGACAGCAGACAGCAAGGUGGCUUUACUAGGAUUUGGAAAAGAGCUUCUCCCUCGCCAUCUUGGUCAUGACCCACACAAAUGUCUGACUCCAUAUAGGCAAGCUUUGUCAUGAAACAUCUAAUAGCAUCAGUGUGUGAGAUAUUGAAAGCAGAUGUCUGACUAUUUGAGCUGCCACACACACUUGAGUUCACAGGAAUGCAUUUAAUAACGGUGGUUGUGCACCUGCAAAAGCUUUCUUAUUAAAGGCACGUGCAUCACUUAAGCGUCUCUCCUAAAGAGCAUGCAGUUUCCACAGCCGAUGCGCUGAGAAAACACACACUCCUGCAGUCAUGUGCUACGGCCGCUUGAGCAUUGAUUAGCUCAUAAAUCCAACUGAAAGGAGAGUCAGGGCUGAUUGCGCUGGCUCUGUGUGUGUGUUUAAAUUACUGUGUGUACGUAUUUAUGUCUUCUCUCUUCAGCACUGAAGAUACACCAGGCAGGAAAUGGGAUCCAGAGCACAGGAAAUAGAUCAGGAAAUGCAAGGAUAUAGACGCCUACCUGUAGGUCAAGGACACUGAGGCGAGUAAUCAAAUGCAGGAAGGAGCAAAAGCCGCUGUAUGCUAAUGUGAAAACCACAUGUGGCGGGGGAAAAAAGCAGAUUAAGUUUCAAAAGUUGUGCCAUAUCCAUGUUCAUAAGUGUUUGCCAACAGAUAAUGAAUUCACUAAUAAGCUACGCAGAUGCCAAAACAAGUGUUUCUUUAGAGGGUGACUUGACACAAGUUGUUUGUGCUUCUACAUGAACUGAUACCUCGAAUGUGAAGUGUUUUUCCUCUUCUAAGUGAUCAUAGUAAACAAUUAGUUCACUCAAAAAAUAUUUAAAAUGAGUUAAACAACACAAUUCUUAACGUUUUUUGCAACCCAGGCUCAUUAUUGAUACGUACCCCUGUAUACAUUUUCGGACAAUGCAAAAUAUGUCCCAGAAGGUACUUAUUUUUUGCAGUUUUCAUCUAAGAAUAGCCAAAAACUUGACUAGUCGUCACAUAGACAGAUUAGACAGACGUUAUAUGUGUAGUCUUUCAUUUCUGUUUAUUUGAUGACUAGUCUAGUUUUGGCCUAUUCUUACGCGUCUAUUAGAUUUUUACUGACAGCCUAAGUUUAGCUUUUUUUUAACUAAAACGACUGUUUAGACAUCUAUUAGAGAGAUAUUAGACCUCUUUUAAAAAAAAAUGCUUGCUGGGUGUGUACACCUUUUCAGAUCUCCAAUGUCUCUCACAAGUGCCAUUUGCACCUGCUGUUCUCAUGUAAAUCCACCAGAGGCCGCUAUUGACUGACUGACCGAUUCCCUUUUUCUAAACCCAACUGAUAGUGUUUUCAAUUCCACCGAUUGACCUUAGCUCAUCUGGACUUUUUUUCUAGAACUUAGAGUUUAUAUUUCUGAUUUAUGAGGAAAGAACUUGAUUAUUUUAUCCCAUAUGGAAAUCUGAUAAAUGUCCAUAUAUGAACAUAUAAUUAUAGCUAAUAUUCAAACCUAUGUGUGCGUAUUUGUAAUUAAAAUGGUUGAAAAAAUAUAUACGUAAACGGCUGUUUUUUUUUCAAUACAUGUGAAACCCAAACAUGAACUUGUUUAUUGUUUAUGUAAUUUGCAUAUACUCUACCUGACAAACGUCUUGUUGUCUAUCCACGUUUUAGAAACAACAACAAAUAAUAUCUUGACUAUCAGAAGUGGCUUAUAUGAAUUAUGCUUAUUUUACCUAAAUAAAAUAUGAUCAUGCCUUGAUUUUUAAUGAUUUAAUUAGGACAGUAAGGUCUGACUAAGCUUAGACAAAGUCUUGUCACUAAACAGAAAUAAUGUACAGUAUAGAAUAUAAAGUCAUGGUGCAGUGGGAACAGAAUUCAUAUUUUGUAUGACUCCCAUGAGCUUGGAGGACUGGAUCUAUACAUCUCUGCAAUGACUCAAAUCACUUAUUAAUAGUCAUCUGGAAUUGCGAAGAAAGCAUCAAGCAGGACUCCCAGAGUUCAUCAAGAUUCUUUAGAUUAUAUUCAAUAAUAUUCAUGUCUGGUAACUGGGCUGGCCACUCCUGGAGCACCUUUGCUUCUUUGCUUACAGGAACUUUGAUGUGGAGGCUGAAGUAUGAGAAGGAGCGCUAUCCUGCUGAAGAAUUUGCCCUCUCCUGUGGUUUGUAAUGUAAUGGGCAGCAAAAAUGUCUUGAUACCUCAGGCUGCUGAUGUUGAUAUACACUCUGCAGAUCUCUCUUAUGCCCCCAUACUGAAGGUAACCCCAAACCAUGAUUUUUCCUUUACCGAACUUGACUGAUUUCUGGAAAAUCGUGGGUCCAUGCAGGUUCCAAUAGGUCUUCUGCAGUGUUUAUGAUAGUUGGAAUGCAGUUCAACAGAUGAUUCAUCGAUCUUCUUCUUCUUGACCUUCUGCCACUUUUCCAAAUGAUCAACUAGAAGUCAAGUUAUCAUUUGAUGCUCUUACAACUGAAAUCCACAACAAUACUUUUGUCAGGUAGUGUGCUAUAUGGCCAUAUAUCAGAUUUCUGUUUGGGAUGAUUGUUUUGUCUGGAAAACAUCACAUAUUUGUCUACUUCUAUUUUUUCCCUUAAGUCUCAAGUACACACUCACACAUACAAAUUGCCUUCAUUGAAAAAGCAUCCACAUUCAGUGCCUAAAAUGAAUUUCCUUUGUAGCACCAUGUUGCUGGGCGUGAAUGAAAACGGCUUUAAAUUUCUAUGGCUUUGCCCCUCACAAUAUCGUUCUUUGUGUUUAUAAUGCCUUUAUUGCUCAAAGUGAUUUUGAGUGACAUUGACUUUUUCACGCAGUGUUAAUUCUAGUCUAUUAUUAUCAGAGGGAAGUGCAGAAUGUGCUGUGAAUGUAUUUCAAUGAUUUUUUUCCCUCCUCUACAGUAUAAGCACUUGCUGUCAUAACCGAAAGGUCUUCAUGUUUGAUCAUGCUGCAACAAGCACAAUAUUGUACAAUAAUCAAGGCCAAUAAUGUGUGUUUGACUUUUUAUACAAUGUUUCGCUCUCGCUUUUGUGUUGUGUGCAUUUUUUUAAGGCUGUCACAGACUUUUGCAAAAGACGAAGAAGAAACUGGACUGAAUGAACGGCGUUUCGUUAAGUGUGUAUAUGACGACACACAUGACAUAAAGACUGAAUCAGUGUUACGUUGAGUUGUUUACCUAGACUCGGCUGCUCUGUAUAUAGCUCAUGUAAUGUCCCCGUGUAUAGAAGUUGAGGGGACAGUAUACAGUGAAAAUCGUUACGUUUGUUUGUUGGUUUUUAAAUACUCUCUCACAUGUAUAGAAGUACACACUUAUACACCCAGUUCUGCACAUAAACACACGCGACUCAGUACUGGAGCACACACUUAUUUUCAAAUGUCAAUCAACAUGGAGAUUUUAUCAUUCUAAU